CCAUUUUCAACGGGGGGUAGGAACGUCCCAAGGAUUCCGGAUAGCACGAUCAAUUUCCUUACCGUUAUUUACCAGGACUUUUUAGCUAACGUUACGUAUUAGAUAUUGUGAAAAUGUUUGGUAUUAAAAUAAUGGGUAUGUGGUGCGGGAUAAUGCUUUAGAAAUAUGACUCCAGGUAAAAUGGGUAAAGUGUAUGCUGCAAGAUGAAGCAUUUGAGUGCCUUCUCUCCUGCUCCGUUCCAGGUCGUAUAUUUUGAAUUGUACGGUGCUGUGCGCAGCGCGGCACAAUUUGUUUUUCAGCCAAACGGGCGACCCCCUUCGGAUGAAUAUUCUGUAGCUAAAACUCUAGAAUUAAUAUGUAGUUAUGGAUGCACGGACUGACAUCAGUAUGAUAGUUAUAUGACAUCAAAUAGUAUAUUUAGUUGACAUCAAUAUGGUAGUUAUAUGACAUCAAUAUCAUAGCUUGAAACAUUUUGAAGCUAUAGAUUGUUUACAAACAUUUUUGCAAAACCAUCUUAUAGUUUGGGUUAAAAGUGACAUAACUAAUAAUAUACAAAAUAUCAUGACUUACUUUGUUGAAAGAAAAACAUACAAAACGUUGAAACGAACCGGUAUUAUCAGCUUGUUAAAGAGACCAUCCUUCUGCUAGUUUUGUGUGGGUGAAUAUUCUUUGCUCUUGUGCACCGGCUGUCUGUUGUGGCUCAAAUAGCCGUGUAUUAAUUAUAGAUUAGGGAAGGCAUACCCGACUACUUCACCUACCUUUGUUAAUUACAACGCCUUGUAUGUCAAGGUGGCUUUCCAGUGAGCGAUAUUACUUUUUACCUUUUGAUACCCUAAAGAGGCAAAACAAGAGAUCAAUAUAAUCAUAGCAAUAUCAUGUAGGCUAAUAUCCUAGCUAUAACCCAGUAGAGUGUACUAACCAUGCAUCAUAGUCUUUUGCCUGAUACCACUCUUAAACACAGCUGUCACUCACUGUAUUUUUUGACUUGACACAGUAAUUAACCUGUUGUUCCAUCUCGUUCUCCAGGUGCUAGUUUGAUUUCACCUGACCAGCACCCAUAGACCCUGCCAUGACAACAAGCCAUACCUCUCUGGCUAAUAGGAAGUAGAUUCUACCAGCCAAUGAAGCAGGGCUGUGUUCAGUAUAUUAAACGUUUUACUACGUGCCUGAACGACACGCUUCUCCCCAACCGCUCUUUGCGGUAUCUUUGCUCCUGUUUGGUGGUUGUGGCGGAGUGUUGCCCGACCGUUGAGAACAGCACAGUUUUCUGUUCAAUCAAAAGUUGCACGCCGUUGUGUCCUGCUGAACACAGCCUUAACUCGAGUCCCCAGGAGGAAACCAACUUAGGCCAAGAACAGCCAACCACCCCAGAGAAGAAUGGCGAAGGAGUUUCUGCUGGAGAAUAAGCCGCUCCUGACAGAGAUUCUGUCAGCGGAACCCGACAUUAUUCUCCAGUACGCCCAUUCAAGGAAACUUGUGGAGCACCGUGAAUACAACAACCUCUCCCACCUGCAAUCCAGUCAGCCUCCAGAGACUACAGUCAUCAAGCUACUGGACAGGCUGAGAGAGAGAGGAGAGGAGUACUGCCAUGGUUUUGUGGCCCUUCUGCAUAAGCAAGAGAUCAUCGCAAACUUCCCCAGACUCAAAGAGCUGGACUGGACCACCGUCAAAGACCCUAGUGCCCCUGACCCACCCCCAGUCCCACCAAGCAUCAGAGCAGGCUCCAUAAUGGGGAAUUUGCAGGAAGUAAUCAAGGCCUGCGGUUACAUCCACAAUGUCUCAGCAGUGAAGAGAGGGAAGAAGACAGGAUAUUUCAAUGCCGUUUUACAGCAAGAAGAUGAGAGUAGGAAUCUGAUCGUUUUUCAGCCGCAGCUGCGAGACCGCUUUGCCACAGCAGAGAGUCGCAGAACUCCAGUGAAGUUGGUGAAAGUGGUGCUCCAGCCAUCCAUAAGCAGAAACAGCAAGAUGGAGAUAAUGUUUAAAUACACAUCCACAUUUUCCAUCCUCGAAGAUUUACCCUUCAAAUUCAACAGCGACCUUGACGGGAGGGUCAAGGAUGUGGCCCUAGCUGACCUUCAAGAGGACAAAGAAAACACAGAAAAUGCUGUAAAACAGAAGGUGAACGUUACAGUAGAGGUGAUUCAGAAAGUGAAAGAGGGCCAUUGUAAAACAAGAUUUAACAAAAGCAUGCCCAUGGUGGAAUACCUAGUCGGUGAUAUUGUAGAUGAUUCAACUACACUCACAAACCUGACCGCCUGAAAACACGGUUGAAGUGGGGAAAUGGUACCGGGUCACCAAUGUUUCUGUUGUUAAGUAUGGGGGUAAAACCGGGCUGAACACAACACCAGAAUCUACUCUGGUCAACGUGGCCAGUGGUAGGAAAUGCGAUCUGCCACACGACAUGGUACAGCCUGAAAGUUUGAGGGGAAAAUCAUUGGAUACUGGUUGUCCCAAGAGUACACUUGCCCAGAAGCACACCCACUGGAGAGGGUGGACACCACUGAAAAGAUGGUGACUUGUAAGCAUUGCCCUAUGUCGUACAUACUAUCCCUGAUGGGAAGGAUAACUAGAGGGAAGCUCUCCAUACAAUCUGAUGAUCUGGUCAGCCGGGUGUUCACUGUAGAGGACCGUGUCAUCAGAAAUAUUCUGCGAGGAAGGUUGGAGGGGAGAGAGUCUCUGAAGGACAUUGAGGACGCGCUGGUCGAACUGCCACCAGUGACAGUCACUGUUCUCAAUGGUCAUGUGUUAACCGUUACAACUCAGAGUCAUGAUGUCACCACACAGGAUGAGAAGAGGAAUAUUACCGCGCAACAGCGCGUUUAGUCUGGACUGAUGCUUUUCAUUUUUUAUCGAACCUUUAUUUAACUAGGCAAGUCAGUUAAGAACAAAUUCUUAUUUACAAUGACGGCCUACCAGAAGGCAAAAUAAAAACACAGGGGCGUGGUUCCUUUAGUCAGUUUGACAUCACCUGGGCAAUCACUGCUUCAAUGUGUCUUAAAUGAAAAACGGCAAGCUGAAAAUGUAAAUAGACUGAUAAUAAAAAAUAAAAAAACUUUUGUUUUUA